AUGUUUUAUUCCUCGUACUUCCUUCCUCCCUCGUCCUAUUCCCCCCUCGUCCUAUUCCUCCUCUCACAGGCUGUCACUGCGGAUCUCGAGAUCAUUCUUGUUGGUUCAGGUGUUGGCCUAGAUCAAGCCCGAGGCGUUACUUCGGUGACCUCUCUGGCCACUGCGCGAGUUGCCAUUAUGCCCCUGGCCUUUGCCGUCACUGCGGAUCUCGAGAUCAUUCUUGUUGGUUCAGGUGUUAUCCUACAUCAAGCUUGA